GCCCGCUUCCGGAGGAUUGGGCUGCGCCCCACAUUGCUCUUACUUACGCGCGUGGACGCAUGCAAUGCCCUUGCAGGGCUGGGCCCUGCGCCUUUCCCGUGCGUCCGCGUCUGCCCUCCGGGUUGCUGCCGUAGAGGCUGCCCUGGCAUCGGGGGGCCUGCUCGUAGUAGAUUCCCCCCCUCCUCUCUCUGUCUGCGGAGAGAUGGAGCAGUAGCAUCCGCUAGAAUGCAGGAUGCACGAUGAACGCGGCACAAGGCUCGUAGCCCGCCGCCGACAUUGAAAGAUCGUGGCAAAAUCAAUCAACACGACGCUCGUAGCGAAGACGCAUUGAUGCGGCCAUCAGGAGCAUGGAUAUAGAGCUCGCCGGUGCGCUCUAAGUCGCCCCCCCCAGCAAAGGGCGGCCCAGGCCCCUCCAGGAUCCUUGUUCACCUCUUGCGACGUUCGUCCACAUCACGAACGCAGAGGGUUCCUUCACGCCCUUGCUCGCCCGUACUACGUUGGGUGGAUCACUUUCCGGGAGACAGGAUCAAAUUUAGAGCACCACAAACCUCUCGCAGAGCCGCGUGGAGCGUGUAUGUAUGUAUGUUUACUACUUACAAAAGGCACGGAGGAUUCGUCGCAGGUUUAAGUACAAUAAUGCUUCUGGGUACCCGGGAGCCUCUUUUUCCCGGGCCGGAUAGAGGCAAACUCGCCCGCAAAAUUCCCGCCUCGGCGCGCGGAAAAAAAGAACGGGUAAGCUUUUCUGUAGCUUGUGAUCUUUGUAGUAAGUACACUAUGCUGUAAAAAGAAAUUUUCUUUAGGUUGUCAUACUACCAGUAAGGUAGUUUUCGACGAUUGCCCAGGUGAAAGCAUGUAUUGAUUGCUGGCGCGUGCAAGGCCGUCCUGCGCGCUGCGAUUCUUUUUCUUUGUGAGACGAGAUUGCAC